AUGCCACCAAUUAUUACAUCACGCAAAGAUAUUUACGCAAUGGAGCAAGAUCCUCCGAUGGCAGGAAAUACAGCCAAGAAAAGGCAUCGUGAAGACGAAUCAGACUCCCCUCCCCAAACGCAACAAAAGCGUUCCCGACGGACGAUCGAGUCGUCGGACGAGGAAGACCCCGAGGAAGACUCUGAUGAGGAACCUUCUUCCGAUGAGGAAACCUCCUCCGGCGAGGGCUAUCGGAAGUCCAAGCCCAAGCCCAAGCCCAAGCCGAAAAAGAGAGGCCGCAAGGCAAAGCCUCAGAAGUCGACGAAGCCGAAGCUGAAUCCGAAACCGAGGCCAAAUCUGAAGCGGAACCAAAAGGGAAAGCAAUCGACCGCGGUUCCAGUUGAAAGAUCUUCCUCAGAGUCCUGGUGGUCCAGCUCUGGGGAAGAAAACGACAACCAAGAAGAGCUCGAUAUACCCGAUCAAAAGUCCAAUUUCCAGCCAGACAUCCAAUACAAUGAAUACUGGACGGAGGGAAAAGAGAGGAGGCUUCGCAAAGAUUGGUCACCAGAUGACGACUUUAUCAUCGAAAAGUCGUAUGCGGAUGAGAUUUCACUCUGGAGGAAAACUACAAUCAUCUUCAAGUGUGCUCCACAGGACCUCGUCGAAGCGGACGUAGGGGUGCAACCAGGCGGUCUCAUCACCAACAAGCAGACGGGGACCAAAUGGCGCAAAAACCCAAAUUGGAGUCAGAAGUUUUGCAUCGCCAUGUCAACAAUUAUCUGCCUGCCAUUUUGGAAGGGGAAACCCGAAUUCUUUCGAUACGUCCUGCGUAAGGCACUCCAUCUUCGGGUGGGUACUGGAGAUGAGAAGCGACGGGCGCCACCACUGCCCUCCGAUGAUAACAUAUACGUCAACGCCAUGCUCGACAGAAUUCAGGAGCAAGUCGUGGAGGCAGGAAUUGUUGGAGAAGACAAUUUGCACCACUUGAGAACCAUCAUUCAGAAUGAGAUAGAACGGAGAAUGACCCCAGAGCACUGGAACUUCCAUAAAUAUCUCAAGGUGGUGAAAACGGGGGAAAGAGUCACAGACAAUGACGAUUCAUGCAAGCUCCAGCUCUGCGAUUUGGACAACAUCCAGAGCGCCUGGAAUUUGUAUACAAAAACCGAGAAGCUUCAACUUCCUACAAUGGAGCAAUAUCGGGACAAUUUCAAUACAUCGAAUCCAAAUAGGGGAUUCGUUUCUCUUGGCAACACUCAAGCCAGACAAGACAAUUUCAAGUCUUGGGAAAAGGAAUGGAUGCUCAAGGUUCGUCGUGAUUCUCAGAUUCAAGAGAAUGUGAGAUUGCACGAAAAUCGAAGGCAGGCCUCUGAGGAGCAGCAGGUUGAUGAUGAGAUGCAAUUCGACGGUGGCGCCAAGUAG